CUCUUUGCCGGGUAUUCGGCUUCAUCACGGAAUCAGUCACGACCAUCACGGCCUCCACCAGCGAAGCGCCAAAAGAGUGGCUUUUAUGUCCCAAAGGAAACUUGGACGCACGAGUUCUUCUGUCUGGCUGAUUGUGCAGCUGAAAGUGCUCCAUCACGUAGUGAAAAGUUCGAGUUACAGUUGGCCGGUCUCGGUAGAAAGAAGAUCGUGUUCGGUUGUAGAGAUAAUGCUGUACAAGUAAAAGAGAAGCUUGAGCAAGCGUACCCAAAACUGGAUAAAGGAGGCGGAUUUGAAAUUUUAAGAAGUGGUAAUUCGACUUCCGUGCGCGGUUUGUGCGUCCUGAAGCCUCCAACGUCGACUGGUUACAGUGUAAAUUUUUUAAGAAAUGAAUCUGGCCUAGGCCAAGCUCUUGCUUACAUACGCCCCCUGCAGAGAAGUUUAGAUACCUCACCGUCAGAGGUAGGUGCAGUUAAUAGGCUUAAAUGUGCUGUAAAUUAUAGACUGACCUAAAGUAUUGAACGCUUAUUUUCUAACGCUUUUUGAUGAAUGAAAAAUAAAAACAGCUGGUGAAAGUGUUAAUGCAAGGAAGAACCAUAAAAUCAUUCGGAACCCCCCUCCCCCGUCUCCCCCUCCAGACAGGGAGAGUGUGUACCCUGUAAAUUUAGUCUGUAAUUGCUUACACUACGAGAAAUUUGGUUUGUUAGUUUCCAAAACUGUUGACACAAGUACCCUGCACACCCCCAGGUUUUCUGUAUAAUUUAUUUGCAUUUGGGGGGGGGGGGUGCCAGUCAGGUUCAGGAAAGGAAGUUGAAAGGUCUAUAUUGUGUCUCAAGAUUGUAAACCUCGCCUACUACUUUUCCUGAAAAUUGCAUCUUUCUAUAUCUUGAAUAGCGAUGCACCACUUGUUGUUGUCUUUAAUUUCUGGCCUUGUGUAUUUGAAACCCCUGUAGACUUAGGUUAAGUGCUAUCCAUUUUACUCCACAUAAUCAUUGUAUUUUGAUGUCCAGUUUUUGUCCCUAUCCUUUUCCAUAUAAUUCAUGAGAACUUAAGAUAUUACUAAAGGAGAGCUGAAUGGGGGCUGAAUGUUUUGAUGCAAGAUUUAAUCAGGAUGAAAUAUCUAGCCUUCAAUUUUCGUUGUUUGUAACGCAUAAACAUUUUUCAAUCUUACCAAUUCUAAAAUAAAGAGAACCUACAAUGUGCUGCACCCACCUCAAUUUUGAAGUCAAAAUUUAAUAAGGCUUGCUCUGUAUUAGGAAAGUGGUGUUCAGGAUUCACAUCAUGUGGGAGAUAAUAUACCUCAAGUGGAAUGUGUGAAGUGCAAAGUCAUGAUGCCUGUUACAGCCAUUAAACAGCACAUGCUUGCCUGCCCUGCAGAUGACUUACAUGACAUCCCCUUGGAGGUGCCAUCUACAUCUAGUCAGGUACAGUUUAGUCGUUACACAAUGUGUUUUGAGUGGAAGAAUGUAGGUGUUCUGAGUAUUGUAACAUCCUCAACCUAGCGGCUAAGGUAAAUGUUUCAGGUGCCGAAAUUCUAGAAUAGUUUACAUCGUAAUGAUAUUAAGAAAUUAGUGGUGUAUUAAUAAUUGAAUUAUAUUUCCAUUUUUAGUAGGAAAAUUUUUUUUUUUUCUCAAUGCACUUUUAUUUACAGGAUUAAUGCUUACACUACUUACAGCGCUUCUAUUAUACUUACAAAUUUACUAUGCUAUACUUCUUACACUACUUAUACUUAACACACCACUUACUUAGCAGGAUGAUCUUGAAGACCAGUGUUACUUCCCAUCAAUGGCCAAUACUACCUCACAGGAUAAAUUGCCUUCUGAGAGCAAUCAAGAUUUUCUCCAGGUAUUUCCACUUCAAGUUUAAAAAACAUUGUUUCCCGUACAAUUGCAAAUGUGUUGACAUCAACAAUUAAGAGAUCGACAAUUUUUUGUUUUCUCUUCAGAUAUUUGAAUGGACCAUUACAAUUUAUUUGAGUAACAUAAAAUAAUGAUUAUGUUAAAUGUUGUGACUGACCCUCAUACUACGUUAAAUGUCAAUAACGCAGUAAUUUUUAUUUUGUAAUUCAGUGAUGCAGGUUUUGAAAUCUAGCAUAACAAUCAUUACCACUUGUCUAUCAGAUGUAAAUGUUUUAAAAGUAGUAAGUCAUUCAAUCAGUCAGCCAGUAAGUGAACAAUUUAUGUAGUAAAGGUGACACUAAAUUAUAGCAAAAAGGUAAUAAAUAGGUGAACGAUACUGCUGCUGUUGGAUUAUGGAAUGAAGGAUAUUACUUCAUAGGUUUCCGUAAGAAGUACUAAUUUUUAUCCUAGUGACAAAUGUGGCUGGUAGUUCUUCAAUGGUAUUCCUGCAGAAUAUGGAUGCCCUUACUAUUUUAAUAUUUUUUGUAGGAAUCUGAUGCUGUGGCUGAAUUAAGUGCACUUUUUCCAGACAAAAGUAUAGACACUAUCCGAGCAAUCUUGGCAGACAGUGGAGGAGAUAAAAGUGUGGCUGCAUCAAGGCUUAUCCAGUGGUCUGCUGGGACAUGUAAGCUACCUAUACAAGUUUAUUACUUAAAUGUGAAUAAUGGUAGAUCUCUGAACUUUACCUGUCUGUGAUGUUAUUACAACAAAGCAGAGGUCCUUGGUAUUGUGUAGUGGUAAGGUUGCGUGCAUUUUUUUGCUCCAACAUAAUUAUUUUUCUGAUUACCAUGGAACCCUUCAUUGGAGACAGUUAUACUUAUCUGUUCUUUCAUUUGGUUUUGAAAUUGUUAUUUCAUUUCAUUUGAAAUAAGAGCCCUUCAUUCGAUUUAGAGGUGCAUACUUAUAACAUGACCUAAGCUUUACAGAGUCUCAUAACAGAUAAUUUACUGAACUCCCCUUUUUUGCAAUUUCUUCUGCAAGGUGCCCUAAUGAACAGUGGGGACUCAGGUAAUGAAUACUGUACAGAAGAAGACAGUGACCUCAUGCAAUCACCAUUUGAAGCACAUGUAUCCUCAAGUACUGUCAGUACCUGUACUGACCCUGUUGCACAGUACAAACAAGAAACUCUGGAUGAAAAUGGCCCACCACUGAGAAUCUAUGUAAAUCGGAUGACGGAGGAGUUCACUGCAGAUGUUUUAUCCAUUUAUAAGAAAGCCAACCCAUGUUUUCGCUCAAACCUUCGAGUGCAAUUUGAAAAUGAAAGAGCAGUUGGCGAGGGACCUGUCAGAGAGUUCUUUAGCAUAUUAAUGGCAUUUGUUCAAAAUGGUCUUUACGUGGAUGAUCCUGGGCGGCUGACUAUGUUAUUUGAGGGCCAGACUGACCACAAAAUUCCAGUCCCAAAUGCGUUACUGUGUAAUUCUGGACUGUACACUAGUGUUGGACGGAUGAUUGCACAUUCUUUCUUGCAUGGAGGACCACCACUUUAUGGACUUUCCCCAGCAGUGCUUGAAUUUUGGACUCGUGAAAGCAUCAGUGAAGCUGUUACCAUGGAGGACAUCCCAGAUUAUGACCUUCGACAAGCCUUGAAGCAGGUACUCGCAUUGAUGAUCUUGUUUUGUACAGACAUUACUUACGUAUUUCUGUGUAAUGUUUCAGCAACAUGUUAGUGUUACUAACAAUAUUUAUUCUGGUUAAUUUUUGUUUGAUAUGGCACUUGUACUGUCCUGUUUAUAUUUGAAAAAAAAAGCACAAGUGUGUUCCAAAUAGGUAUAUACAUCUAUAAUGACACUAUAAGUUUAUAAUUUGUCGUAAGAAGCAUUUCAUUGUUCAGUCACAACACCAUAGCAAUUUAACGGUUUUGCAGUUAUCAAGUCUUGAUAAGGAUGAAGAACCCUCAGAUGCACUUAAAGAAUUCCUCUUGCCUUAUCGUGAUGAAGCGUCAGUACUUCAAGUGCCGCUAAGGGGAGAGAAACGGCACUUGGUUCUCCUGCAGAUAAUGCUGCACAAUGUGAUCAAAAAGCGCCACCGUGAACUGAAAGAUCUUGCUGCAGGAAUGAAUGAGCUUUCCCUUGUCAAUUACCUAAAGGCACACAAGGAAAUGGCCGCAGCCGUGUUUCCCAGGGAAUGCGAGUCAGUAAUUGACAAAGAAGAACUCAAGGGUAGGAUUUCCAUCGAGGAUGAAAACAACCCCCAAGGGCAAGUUAUCAUGGGAUUCUUGCAUCGCUUCAUCGAUGAAGUUAGCAGAGAAGCAGAAGGUAAGUGAUUACCUCAGCUAUGUCUACUAUACGUUUUCUAUUCUUCUUCCAGUACCUCUUCUUUCCCCAGUGAAUUUAAGCCAUUUAUCCUUGAGCAUUUCAUUCCUCAAACACUGUAUGGGGGAUAGAUAAUUCCACUAGCAGGAUUUUCAUUGCUCGAUGUAAUUUCAGUUGUAGGGUAACAGUGAUUAGCCACCUCGUGUCUUUACUGCUAAAGAAAAGUAAACAUUCCGAGCAUGUAAAAGUGAAAGCAUUGAAAAGUUAUAUUUGCCAUUACGAAUAUUGUUGCCUAGGAGGAAUUUCAUGUUCAGAUGCUUUAUAGUGAUGCCUUUGUUAUGUUUUCUCAUUGCAGCUGGUUCUGGUCUGCGUGAUCUACUGUCGUUUUGGACAGGAUGGGAGGUUUUGCCACCAUAUGGACAGCAACUUUGGCUACAGCUGGAUGACACACGGGAAGUAACAAGCCUGCCUGAAAGUAAAGCUUGUUUUCACAGGCUUGUUCUUCAGUCAUCGCAUACUGACUACGUCUCUUUCAAGAGUAACCUUGCUAAAGCAUUAAAAUAUGGUGCAAGGGGCUAUUCAUCUCUUUAA